AUGGCACCGAAUCUAAGUGACCUCCCCAAGGACUACUAUGUCAAAUCAAUGCAAUUCACAAAACGUGCACACCAAGAUGCGUAUCCAGCAAUUGAUCCAAGUCUCCCAGAACACAGCUUAGCAGGCAAAGUCGUUAUCAUCACUGGAGCUUCCCGCGGAAUCGGAGCUACAGCAAUGAUACCAGCAUUCACCAAAGCCGGUGUCAAAGGCAUGGUCCUCGUUGCCUCCAACGCGGCCAAACUAUCCACCGUCGAAGCCUCCGUCAAACAAGCCAACCCGGAACUCGAAACCCUAACCUGCGCCGUCGACAUCUCCAAGUCGGAAGGCGUAGAAAAAGCCUUUGAAAGAAUCAAGCAGCGCUUCAGCCACGCCGACAUUCUCAUCAACGCCGCCGGCGUCCUAACAGGCGACGGACCCAAACUCCACGAGACAAACGUCGACGAAUGGUGGAACAAUUUCGAAAUCAACGCAAAAGGCACAUACCUAGUAACGCGCUCCUUCCUCUCGCUACUCCCGUCGCCCUCGACGCCCGCCACAAUCCUCAGCCUCAGCUCGUGGCAAUCCUUCUUCACGGUGCCGCCCGUGGGCGGCUACCUGAUGAGCAAAUUCGCCGUCGACGCCCUCGCCGCACACGUCGCCGCCGAGUACCCCUGCGUCACCGCCAUCAGCAUGCACCCGGGCCUGGUGGCGACGGACAUGCUGCGCGAGCCGUUUCGCUCGCGGUUCAACAACGAUAGUGCCGAGUUGGUGGGCGGCACGGCGGUGUGGGUGUGUCAGGACAAGGCGAGGUGGUUGAGUGGGCGGUUUGUGAGUGUGAAUUGGGAUGUGGAGGAUUUGAUGGAGAGGAAGGCGGAGGUUUUGCAGGGCGAUUUGUUGAGGUUGGGGCUGAGGGGCGAGUUUGGGAGGGGCGGAAUAGGCGUGCGGUUGUGAAGGGAGGGGUUUGUUGGAAAAAAAUACACACACAUACGGCUUGUUUUUGGCUUUGGUUAAGG